GACUGAAAAUGGUUUUUCCUAGUAGUUACAAAUUACAUUAAUGUGGAAUACCCUUCUCCAAUUUAUAUAUAUACUAAGAUAAUAAAAGUUUGUGUUGGUUAAAGAGCAUUAAUUAAUUCCACAAUUAACAUGUAUCCUACUGUAAAUGAAUCAGAUCCAUAUGCAGGUCAAAGCCAUCCUCCUCCUCCUCCUCCUCCUCAAGGCUAUGUCUUACAAGGAAUGAUGCCAAGUUAUUAUGGCAUACCACAACCACAACCACAACCUUAUGCUCCUCCAUAUAUCACAACCAAUUCAAGGGCCGCCCCAAGGGCACAUCACUGGUCGACCGGUCUUUGCCGUUGUCUUGAUGAUCCUGGAAUCUGUUUGGUCACUUGCUUCUGCCCUUGUAUUACUUUUGGACUAAUAGCAGAGAUAGUAGAUAAAGGCAAUUCAACUUGCACUUGUGAUGGAACAAUUUAUGGGAGUCUAUUGGCUAUGACAGGACUUGCAUGUUUAUAUUCAUGUUAUUAUCGGUCCAAAUUGAGGGCACAAUAUGAUUUGCCAGAGGCACCUUGUAUGGAUUGUUUAGUUCAUUUCUGUUGUGAAACUUGUGCUCUAUGUCAGGAAUAUAGAGAGCUCAAAAACCGUGGAUUUGACUUGAGUAUAGGGUGGGAAGCAAACAUGGAAAGACAGAGGCAAGCCGUUACAGUAGCACCACCUAUAAUUUCACCAGCUAUGACAAGAUGAAAAGUGAAAUUCAAAUUUAGGAGCCCUUUUUACUAGCCAUGGGAACUAUUGUUGUUUCAAUUUUUAUAUUCUGUUUGCUGCUUGGUUUGAGUGAUUUUUGUAUUUUUAAGGAAUGGAAAUAUUUGUCUGAUAUCAUCAGCAUUAUAUCAAGCUUUGUCAGUUUAUCAGCGAUCUACUCGAGUUCCAAUUAGCCUCAUGUUUUUGCCUUAUCA